AUUCAUACUCAAUUCUUUCGAUUAGUAUUGUGGGUGUUUGUGGGGUGGGGAUGUGGUUUUUUCGACGGUUGUAAAGUCGUAAUUGAAACAGGAAAAGGGGUUUAGAUUAAGGUCGAAAAGCCAUGGAAGAGAUGCCGGGUUCAGCAACGGCAAUAAAUUCUUCCAAUAUUGGAUUUCAGCUAUUGAAGAAACAAGGUUGGAAAGAAGGGACUGGUCUUGGAGUAUCUGAGCAGGGUAGAUUAGAACCCGUGGAAACUUAUGUAAAGAAUAAUAAACGAGGUUUGGGAGCAGAUAAAGUGAAGAAAAAGGCCGUGAAAGUGAAACCGGAUCAUAGCGAUUCCUCUAAAGAGACCAGUCAACAGGAUCAUUUACCUCAAAAGAAAAGCAAAACAUUGUCUAAACGGAUGAGAAAGAUGCAGGAGUUGGAGAAGAAAAUGCAAGAGAAGGAGUUUGAACGAUCUUUUUUCAGAGAGUUCUGGCCAGAAAAUGUAUAAAAGAGAAUCAAGUAGUCUAUAUUCUGUCAGAAGUAGAGAAGAUUUCAGAACUCGUGCAAAUUGGAUCUCCGGGGUGUUUUUUCCAGGAUACAGAAGUUAUGAAAGGCCAUUGCGAAAUGUAGGAAUUAUGUGCAAAUAUUCACAUUAUCUUGUGUUAUAUGUAAAAGAGUAGGGGGGAAAACAUUGUAUUACUAUUUCGUUUUUUUACGAAGUGAAUAUGUAAAGAGAGAUGAACAUUUUUUUUUUACGAA